AUGGAUUUCUACUACCACCCGGGCUCGGCUCCUUGUCGUUCCGUCAUGAUGACGGCCAAGGCGCUGGGAGUUGACCUUAACCUGAAGUUUGUCAAUGUGCUGGAGGGGGAGCAGCUGAAGCCGGAGUUUGUACAGCUGAACCCCCAGCACACAAUUCCCACCCUCGUGGACAAUGGAUUCAUAAUUUGGGAGUCGCGAGCCAUCAUGAUUUACCUGGUGGAGAAGUACGGCAAGGACGACCACUCCCUCUAUCCCGCAGAUCCCCAGAAGCGGGCUGUGAUCAACCAACGCCUCUACUUCGACAUGGGCAGCAUGUUCGAAAGCUUCUAUCAGGCUAUCUUUCCGCAGAUACGUGACAAGACGCCAGCAAAUCCAGAGGCAAUGCUGAAAGUGGAUAAGGCCUUUGGGCUGUUGAACACCUUCCUGGAGGAGGAUGAUUUUGUUGCUGGAGCUAGCCUGACUGUCGCCGACAUCGCCAUUCUGUCCUCUGUGUCGACAUUCGAGGUGGUUGACUAUGACAUCAGCCAAUAUCCGAAUGUGGCCAAGUGGUACGAGAAGGCCAAGGAGGUGACCCCAGGCUGGGAGGAAAACUGGGAGGGUGUAGUGCUGCUCAAAAAGUUCAUGCAGUCCAAUCGCCAGUAAGAGUGAUAUGCAGAAAUGAUCAUACUGUCAAAUAUACUUACAUAUAUAUUCUCUGA